CGCCCAUUUUCCAUCGCUGUUAGCUAUAUUCGCCUCGCCUGCACUCACUUCAAUCCAAUCCCCACUUUGAUAGGCAGUCCAAUAUAAUUGAAUAUGAUUUACAAUUAUUAUUACAAUAAUUCUGUAAUAGUCCAUUGAAUUUGUUAUCUGUUUCAGGAUUUUCGUUUUUUUUUCUCAUUAUCGAGUCAAGUUCCAGUGUUUUUUCUAAAUUUCAAGUGUUACGUGUGCAGUGAGUGUUUAUAGUGUUUACGACUUCACCUUGAUUGUUUUCAGUGCUUUGUGGUUUUGAGUGAGAAUAGUGGGCUUUGAUAUGAAAAAAGAUUUCAAAAUGCGACUAUCAAAAAAUGAUAAAAAGGAGCUGGAUAAAUUUACUAAAUUUCUAGCUCUAAAAGCUACAGAGGUCAUCGUACAGAGUCGUUUAGGCGAAAAAGUAUCUACACCUUGUAAACCCCAUGCAACUGGACCCGAUUGGUUCAACUUAAACAUAAAUGACCUUCCCGAAGUCGUAAUUGAAGCCAAAAAAGUCCUCAACAGUGAUUUAUUUCUGACGAAAAAAUUCCCUUUUUGUAUUGAAAUAUCGCUGAGAACUGCGGAAGGUGAUAAUAUGGUCCUGGAAACUUGGUGUGCUAGGUUAUUGGACCCUUAUGACACUGGCACUAAUAACAAUGGGCAAAAUAUCUAUAACAGAAUGGGAAUUUUGUUAAAAUCCUUGGUGUCAGUUACCAGAGUUACGCCUGCAUAUAAGCUCUCACGUAAACAAGGUCCGGAUUCCUAUGUUAUCUGCUACAGAAUGUACAUGGACGAGCCUCUAUGCCACUGUCUUGGCGAGGGACACAAACAAAUCCGUGUUGGGCAAAUCUGCACUGCAAUCGGUACUGUGCAACUCAGCUGUACCUACAGGACAAAGAUGACCAUAUCACCUACCAAAACAAGCAGAGACAACUCUCUAAUGCUCAAAAGUGAUCACUUCAAUACUAAUCUGAGUCCUAGAAACCGGCGAUAUAGCAGCAGUGACGACCGCACUUCAUCACUGUCAGAAACAAUGAAAAUUGGGGCAUUUGCGGACAGAAAAAGGAAACACUUCGAAGAACCGCAACUCGAUUUGCCCUUUUGUACUUUUUUCGCUGACCGAAUAUCCCUUGGUGACCACCCAGAAGAAGAAGAAGAAGAAAGCGAUUUGUCAACGUCACCUAAAGAAGAGGACAGAUUGAGCUGUAGUGGAAAUGAAACAACAAAAAAUAAAGAGAAUAAUGGCAACAAUGUGCAGCAACAACAAGAAAUGUCUAUGGUGUCUACAGGAGAUGAUUUUAUUAUGGUAGACUUGAAAACUCCGUUCGCCAAACCCUCAGGUGAAAAAUUUGAACUGACAAGAUUCUUUCGUGAGUGGCAACAGGCGCCCUUAUUAGAAACGUUCAAAGAACUACCCCCAAUUGAAGCAACUGAUCUUCAGAAACAAUUAGAAACCUUCGAAAGCGACCUGAAUGAGUUUGACAGCAUCGUGCAAACACUUUGUCAAAGCUCACCAAAUAACAAUUAAUUUGUUUAUUUUGAAAUGCAUAUCCAACAAGUGCACUAGAAGUGCCAAAAAAAUGUAUCGUGUUUUUUGCUAUAGGUAAUUAAGACUGAACUUGAAGAAGGAAAGAAGAACUUUUUAUUAUAUUUAUAAAUGAAUUUGUAUAUAUUAUUUGUAAGAGUAGACAAAAUGAGAUUCUUUUGAAGGUGAUUAUAUGUAUAUGGUCUAAUUGCGCUUAAUAGGAUAAUUUUUAAUAUUGAAUUUAAAGUUUAAUCUGUUUUUAAAGACCCUAAUAAUUUCUUUAUACAUCCUUUUUACUUUAUUUUUUUGCUCAAAUUGUAUUUAUUAUAUCCUGUUGUUGUUUUACAAGAAAAAUAAGCUUAAAAUUUAUUUUACAUUUUGCUUGGACUUA